AUGAAUUUGUCAGGAACCAAUUCUUUAUAUUUUAUAGCGAUUUUUAUAUUAUUUAUAAAUCCAUUAUGCUUAUUUUCUUAUAAAACAUUUUCUUAUAAUGAAACUGAACCUGGAUUUCAGGUUUAUCAAUUAUUAACUUAUUAUGACGGAACUUCGGUGGUUUACUUGAAUAAACCGAUAAAUGGAACCUGCAGCGAACCAAGAAUUAUCCUUCGCAUUAUACAUCCAAAUGGCACAGUCGAUAAAGCAGAAGUGGAUUAUCCAAUCCCAGAUUUUAAUUUUUGCAUUAUACCAAAUGAUAUAUCGAUGUCUUUACAUCUUGUGCUUUAUCGCCAUUUGCCGGAUUAUAUCUAUGUUCUUUACGAGAACUCUACCGAUAUAAAUUCGGCAAGCUAUUUUGCAUUACAUGUUACUCGCACUGGAAAAUUCAUUAGUAAUACAUAUAUUUCACGCGUUUCCGUAAUCAAUGGAGCAUUUUCAAAAUUUGGAAAUAUGGUUCUACACACAAACGAGGAAAACGGCUUUCUUUUUUACAAUCCUUUAACUGAAACGAUUACGGAAUGGAUUUACUUUAACAAUUCUGAUUCGAAUGGAAAUUUUCUACCAAUAAAUAAUGGUCGUUUUGAUCAAGAAAUAUCAGAUAUUUUUCCCACAAUCGAUGGAAAUUUUGGAAUAGUAACUAGAAUUCAUAAAAGUACUUCAAAUAGCCCUCAUGGGCUAAUUGAUCCAACCGAACUAACUUUUGAGCUAUAUAUAACCUUCAUUGGACCAAAUAAAAAUGCUGAUGGCCCAUAUUUACUUUACCAAACUUCAAUACCGAAUUUACAAAUUCAAUCUAGUUGCAAUGUUGCUUAUACAACUAGGGGCUAUUUUUGCAUUCUGAAUAUGAAAGAUGAACAGAAUGAAGAUCCUAAAUAUCAUGUGAUUAAAAUUAUAUUUCAAAAUUCAGGUUCGGUUGUUGAUGUUGAAACAUUUUCAGAUAUCGAAUUAUAUAGAAAUUUAAAUGAAAAUGAAUUUGUAAUAAUUAGUAAUGUAUAUCAUGGAGGUUUUUUGUUGACGAUUUUUAAAGAUUCGGAAGAUACUCUUUAUAAGACAUUUCAAUCCGUCAUACUUGAUAAUAAUGGAAAUUACAAUAACACAUUGGACCUUCCAGAAAAUAUAAAAAUUAUUAAUAACUAUUCAACAGGAGGUUUUCGAAAUAACACAUUUGUCAUUGUUCACCAAGAAGAUAAUUAUACUUGGGAAAUUUACUCUGCAGAUAUUCCAAAGUUCACAUCUAAUGAUAAUGGUUAUAAUAAUCCAAAUAUUAAAGCUACUUAUCCAUCAAUUAAUUCCAAGAUACCUUUAUCAUUAACUAAUAUUAAUAUCACAUAUAACUUUCAAGUAACAACAUCGAUAAACAAAAUUUUUAUUUAUCAAGUUAAUAAUAGCGAUUCUACAUUGCGACAAACCAUUCCAGGCAACUCUCUAUCAUUUACAUAUAGUGCUGACAAUAGAACAAUAAAUAUAAGUAUUUUAGAAAGUACAUUUAAUCAACCAAAUGCAAAGUAUUACAUUGUAAUUGAAGAUAAUGUUGUUAACGAUUUGGAAACAAAUCAACCUAUAAUAGGAAUUGGAAGUAAUAUUUGGGAGUUUAAUACUGUCGACAAUCAAGAUAUUUUUGCGGAGGAUGCGACUGGUCGAUUUUCUUUAACGACCGAAGGAACAAAAUAUUUCAAAAGUCUUUCAUCAUAUAACCAAACAAGAUUUUUAUUAAAUUUAAGAGUUUAUUUGGCAAAAUCAAUACCUUUGGAGAUUAAUAGAUUACAUGCUAUUAAGUAUGAAUCUGAUAAAAGUCAACGAAUACUUCUAUCAUUAUCUAUAAAAUCAACAUCAAAUUUAAAUGAAAGAAAUGUCGAUCAUAUCAUAAAAGAUUUAGAUCUCUUGAUUCAAUAUAAAGAAGUUACGCCUAUAUCUUUAUUCGAUACAACAAAUUUUAUAGAUGCAAGUUUUGGCUUUCAACGUACUAGGAAUUUCUUUGAUGAUGUUAAAUUUCAUUUAAUUGGUAUUGUUAUUGGAGUAAUAAUUUUAUGUUUGUUUUAUCUAUAUGCUAGGAAAAAGCAUUCUACGGUAAAAUAUUUAGUUAUGGAUUAA